AUGGUCGACCUCGAAAAGCAAGAACCUGGCGGCCUCAAGCCGCCUGAACGCACGCACACAGUACCUACGUCUAGAUUUAAUGCAGAUAACACGACGACGACGACGACGCAGCAGCAGCAGCAGCAGCAGCAGCAAGGCUCCUCUGUGCUAGGACAGAGCUAUGGCGUCAACCCCCUGGAUCAACCUCUACAGCCCCCUCGCCGCAUUACCUCUCACAAGUCAUUGAAACGAGCACAAUCAGCCGCAUCAAUACACUCCUCUGCAUUUGGUGGGAGGACAUACACAGACAGCGGCCAACCCCCAAAUACAGCAUCACUAGAAGAUGUCGAAAGAGGAGCACCCAAUGGAGAUGAAGAUAGCGACGUCGCCGAAGAACUGGCCUGGGGCCCUUCCCACCCUUGUUUCCCGCAUCGGAAUCCCCACGUCCCCGUACACUCACCCGAGUACUUGGCCACACGCAUUAUCCGCAUCCGGCGCGACUGGAUGGUGGUGGGCGAUCUCGCACCUACGUUCUCAAACAUAUACCCCGAAAUCCUCGACCCAUUAAUGCAAGAACAAGAAUUUCGUUAUGUAAUCGAACACAUCAAUCAAACUCUCUGUCAAGCAUACGACCCUUUCUCGGCGUGGAACUGGUUUGAUGGCAUGAUGGGUGUACUAACAGGUUGGUUGUGGGAAGACUUUCGACCCUGGGGAAUCAAAGGCGCUCUGAGGGGGCUAGAAGAAUGGUUGGAGGACUGGAAUCAUACCGUCGGUGCGCGGGAUGGAGUGAAGCUUAUUCCCUUGAGGAGGACCGGGUACAUGAAUCUGGAUAUCCAGAUCCCCGAUCCUCAGGUCAGAGUCGUGGGUGAGGAUGGGGAGAGUCAAGGCCGGCGACCUAAUACAGAAGGGACGGGGACAGGGAUUGCGCCACCGCAGAGCGCAACGAUCGGCUUGACAGGCACGUCGCCCUAA